AUGUCCGACGUGGACGAGUUGAUAAACGAACUGUUUCCGGGGGAUGGUACCGAGCUAACCUCAGGGCUAAGCAUACAUUCCGUCAUGCAUGAUCUGCCUGCAUCCAAGGCGGACUGGGACGCAAGUGACGAGGAAGAUGGGAAUGCCAUAAGUGCAGAGGUGCAGCCUGUGAAGUCUCUAGUUGUAGGAAGUUCUAGGAAUGAAUCCACUUACACUCCCUCCAAAAUCCACUUUGAUGAGAGUGACGAGGACGACGCUGAACCCGACGUGGCGCAGACUUGCUCCUCUUUUGCCGUUCCAUUCCCAUUGUUGCCUGCUAAGAUUGGAAGCGCAUGUAUGGGGAAGUGUUUUGUUACAAACAUGGGAUCAAAGCUUCUUCAGUACCCUACGAUUGCCCAGCUGUUGUUUCUCGCACAAGGGGAGCACAGUAAUAAAUUUUCUCAAAAACAGUUACUGGAACGCAAAGGAGCUUUUUAUGCAGUUGAUGCCAAAAUUGGAAACGGCGCUUCUGACAAGCACAUGGAGGAUAUGGCUUGUCACGGCGGAUGCCCUAUGAUAAUAUGCCGAAGGUGUAACUAUGGAGUAAUACGCCUUCAAGGAGCUGCUUGGCAAGAUGGGGGGGGCAUGAUAGACUUGUACCUGACCGUGCGUAAUUAUUAUCCCGAUUGGAGUAGGCUGGUCAGCUCGUGUCCCGUAGGACAAACGAAAAAUGGUGAGCAAAAUAGGGUCCUAUAUUCACGCACCGGAUGCGCUGCGUACUGUUGCCAGUGUUCUUGGCUUACUGUGAGCUCUGAACAGGAGACGAUAGAGACUCUCCCAUCCGAUACUGUAGGAUAUGUAGGAAAAGAAAAUUACCUUUGUUUUGCCACUCAGUUGCCACUUCCGCAAGGAGAAAGACGAAGACCUCCACUAUGGCUCUGUCGAGGGCACAUACCACAUUUCUGA